UCCUGUAUUUUUUGUAAAGGUUUAUUUUACAAAAAGGAAAUAUUGGGUUGUAGUAAUAGCCACUUCGCAUGUACUAGUUGUUGGAAAGGAGAAAAUGGUAAUGAAGUCAAAAUUUGUAUAAAGUGCAAAACUCCUCCCCCCUUCUUUGGAGGAAUGUGCAAAAACACUGUUGUAGAAAACCAAAUACUAGAGGAAAAAAUAUUUUGCCCAUACUCUUAUGGUUUGGAUUUAUAUACAACGGUUGAUGACAACGAAAUGGUAGCCCUAGCCAAAGAUGAAUAUGGUUGUAAGGAAACAAUUGAAGUUCGUGAGCUGGAUACUCAUUUAAAAAGCUGC